GUUUUGGCUAUCAUUCCUUUUUUACUUAAAGCCUAGUUACGAUAAUACUUAAGGCAAUUGCAUGUGUAAUUUUUCCAUUAUUUUCAUGGUAGUUUGCUAGAGUAGUUAAUAUUAAAUCAAUAUCUCAAAAUUAGAAAUUUUGAAAAACAUCAAGUACACAUAUUUAGAUACGAAAAAUUUAGGAGUACUUAUGGCUAACAAGGUUUUUCAGCUAAGAUAGAUUGAUUGUCAGUUUUUAUGUCCAGAUGCACUUUUGUUUAAUAAAAUUGCUAUGAUUACUAGUACUUUCUUACAUUAUUAAAGUUUGGUAGUCUCAUGUGUUUUGCAAGUUGUAUAUUUUGUUCACAUUGUUUUCAGGUCCCCCCCCCCCCGGUCUAGACUUCAAUUUUCGGAGUGAUGAUGAAUUCAGAUAUGGAUUGCUAUCUGCUGGGUUAUGGUUGUACAUUAGUUUUUUAGUGGUUAAUGAUUUUCCUGCAGGUCUUGUUAAUGAAUGAUCAUUAUUGAAUCAUGACUUGACGGUGACUGUACAACAGCAUUUAAAACUCUGGACAGAAAACAUCAGUCAUUUGCAAUACAGCUAAUAGAAACAAAAUGAUUAUUCUUGUAAAUAGCAUGUGUACUCUGCAAACAUAGAUUACCAAGCUACAAAAACAUGUCCCUUUGUCCAGUUAGAUCUUUAUGUAGUCACAUAACUACUUAUAACGUAGCCAAAAUCUGUUCUACCUGUCCAUUGAUUUCUUUUUUAAUAGAAGUAGAACAGAAAGUAUUAACUAAACAGAACCAAUCCCUUGGCUUGCUAAGAGGAAUAAAAGAUUGUGAUUAUCCAUGAAAGUCGUGUGUAAUGAAUUUAAACCAGUUUUUUGGCUUUCCAGAGCAAAUGAUGGGAGUUAAACUUAGAUCUCCUUUUCUAGCUGUACACAGUAGUGAAUAAAGUAUGAAUAAAGAGUCAGUUGUCAUUUCUUAGAGCCCUGAAGUAGCAUUUGCUUUAUUUUGGAGGUGUGUGGUUAUCCUCUGGGAAACAGACUAGACAGAAAGUUUUACUUUUUAUUUUUUGGUGUUUAGGUUGAACAUAGGACCUCUAUAUAGGAAGCAUGUGCUUUAUCACUGUUCUAUACUCCCAGUCCUGAACUGUGACUUUUUUUUUUGAGACAGGGUUUCACUAAAUUACCCAGGUUGUCCUCAAACACAUGAUCCUCCCUAUUCAGCCUUAUGCAUAGUGGAUUGCAAGAGUAUACCAGUGCACCCAGCUCAAGAAAAAAGUUUUAAGUGUCUGAAAAUCUCUUAACAAUUAUUUAUUAAUUUUUUUUUAUUUUGCGACAGGGUCUUACUAUAUAGUUGGGGCUGGCCUUGAACUUACUAUGUAGCCCAGGCUGCCCUUGAACUCAUGGCAGUCCUCGUGCCUCAGCCUCCUAAAUGCUGGGACUACAGACACUUUUUCUUUUUUUAAUUAAAUUUAUUAGUACUUUUUUUUCUUUUUAUAUCAGAUGUUGGACUCCUAGAACCUUGCAUUUGCCAGGGUGGUGCUAUGCUGCUAAGCUGUAUCCCUAACCCUUGGUACAUUUUAGGUGUACAUAAUGAUCACAUUCAUCAUGGGGAAUUUGUACCUGUACAUGAUAUAACUUGAUUUUUCUCCCAUCCCCCUACCCACCUUUCAACCACUCUUCCCUUCCUUAUUUAUAAAAGUUUUGUUUCCAUUUUUUCCAUCUUUUCUUAUUUUUUUUCCUUUCUUUCCUCCUCUCCCCUCUCCAGUUCCCUUCCCAUUUGAAUGUUUUCUUCCUAUUUCACAACAUCUUGUAUACAUUUUGGUCCUUAUUUCUACUUUUAGUUUCUCAUCAGAGAAAUAAUGUGGUAUUUACCUGUGUAUGACAAGUCAGAUUUUUGUACAGAAUGAAGGUAAAAGCCUGGUGUUGACAUAAGUAAUUCCUAGUGGGUUACAGAAAAUACUGGAAUUAAGUGCCAUUUAUUUUUGGUACACCAAUCUGUGUACUUCGUUAUAGUAGUCCAAAUUUUAAGAUAGUACCCAAAAGAAAUAAAAAUGUUCUCAUAAAAUUUGUAUAUGAAUGUUAGAAUUAUUCAUAUGAGCACAAAAGUGGAAACUUAGGUCCAUCAACUGAUGUGUAAAGUGUGUUAUAGUCACACAAUGAAGUAUUACUAGCAUUAAAAAGUAAUGAAAUAUUAAACAUGCUGUUGAAUGGAUAAAUUCUUGAAAAUAUAUGCUAAGUGAAAAGAAGUCAGUCACAAAAGACCACAUACUCUUGAGUCCACUUAUUAUAUAAAAUAUUAGUGGUUGCUUAGGAGUGUUGAGGGUUAGAAGAUGACAUCGACUACUAAUGUGUAUGAGGCUUUUAUGGGAGAUGAAAAUGCUCUAAAAUUUUAAUGCUUGUACAACUACUAAAAACAUACUUUAGAUGGAUGAGUUGCAUAUGAUUGUAUCUUAAAGCUUUUUUAAAAAACUAGGUGAUUGUAAACAGAUAUGUAUACAAAAAUGAUGGAAAUAUAAAAAUACAAAAAUUAAUUCUUUGACUAGUGAUUAUAGGUUAAAGUGAAAAUGUUUUAUAACAAUCUAAAGAUGGUUUUGUUUUCAACAAAAUUAUAAGCUGUUCAAAUCAUAGUAGGCUCAAAGUAGAAUAACUCACUUCUGCUCUGGGAGUUUGAUAAUGCGAGUAAAAGAAGCAGCAGAAAGUAAUGAUAAGUAGAACCUAUUAGAAAUGAAAUCAGUUUACAAAUUAGACACUGUAGUAGUUUGGAUCUUAAACAUCCACAAAAGCCUAAUUAUUAAAGGGUUGGUUGCCAACUUGUGGCACUGUUGGAACCUUUGGGAAAUGAGGCUAGUGGAAGAAAAUUGGGUCACUGACGGUAUGCUCCUUGAAAGGGAUCUUGGGACCCUGGACCCUUAUCUGUCCUUGGUAUCAUGAGGCAGGCAGACCUCAGGUACCAAGCAGUAGGACAAGACAACCAUGGAUUGAACCCUCUAAUUCUGUGAGCCAAAAUAAACUUUUCUCCCUUUUAAUUUUAUAAUUUGAUCUUAGGUAUUUUGUCCUAAUAAGUUAGCUCACACAUAGGUUCUUAGUUAUCACCUAUCAUGCGUAAACUUGGAAUGUAAUGUGUGAGCUAGCUUGUUGUAAGGAUAAAAUACUUAAAAUAAUAAAUUUUGGUGCAUGUAUCAUCAAAACUAUGAAAAUACAGAAUAGCUAAUUACAUUUCUUGUUACUUAAAAUUGCUAAUACUAGUAAUUGCUAAUAAUAAUUGCUAAUAAAGUUGCUAAUUGUUUUGUUCAGUAAGUUAUUUGAAAAGUGGCUUAGCUUAAUAUAGUAGCCCAAAGAUCCAAAGUUCAAGGCCAGCAUGGGUAACUUGGUGACACUUUGUUUCAAAAAUUUUAAAAAGGGUGAGAUGUAGCUCAGUGAUAAAGUGUUUGUCUUGCAUAUAAGAGGCCUUGUUUUCACUCAAUAGUGUGGGAAGUGUAGCUUAUGAGCAUUAGAAAUGGUUUAUUGGACAAAGAUGAUGAAUAGUUGACUUUCUUAGUAUACUGAAAGCAAGUAUUGGCUGAGACUUUCUUACCUUUGGAUAUGUUUGACUUUUUCUUCUGAUAGGGUUUUUUCUUCUGUAUAAGGUUUUUCCCAAAUUCAUUAUGAUAUGACUGUGACAGUAUAUUUUAUGCCUAUUAAUUUUGGGUUUCUUUCACCUUAUGGAAGAAAGAUAUCAGGAAGAAUUUGUUUGGCAAUCUUUGGAUUUUAGCUAAUUAAAACUUGAAAUGCAAGACUUUGAGCAGUUUUCGAAGACAUAGCUAUUCUGAACUUGCCAAACAGUACUGUAAAACAUGUAAUGGCUCUUUUAAACCCAUAGGGGGUUCAGUGUCUUUCCCCAAAGUCCCUUCUUACAUUUGAAUUUAUCAUUAAUCCCAGUCUUUAUUUGUGUAAAAACUAGAUUUUUACUUUAUUCAUAAAAUUCUUUUUCUAAGAUCAGUAUAGCACUAGCAGCAGACCUAGGUUCACUAGGAGAGGGGACAAAUACUGGACCACUUUAUUACAGUGCUCAGUGUUAGCCAAAAGUUUUUCAGACUUAGCUGCAAGAACUACUUAACUCCAGUGAAAAUAUUCCCACUUCAAGGAAACAGUUACUGGCUCAUUGCUCUUUUGUGAUAUGUGAUAAUUAUAUUCUUUAUGUUUCUGUAAUAAACUGAGAAUCAUGUUCUUUGAGAAUUUCUUAAAAAAAUGAGUAGGAAAAAUUUCAGGGGCUGGGGGUUUAGCUUAGUGGCACAAGCAUCUGCUUGGCAAGCAUGAGGUCAUGAGUUCUAUCCUCAGUCCAAAAGAAAAAAAAAGAAUUUCUAGAAUAAUAUCAAAUUUAUCUGAACAUUUAACACAAACCAGUUAGCCCAAGAACCCAUGUGGAUCACCUGACAUCCUCUUGAUUUAAAAUGCCUCUGAUAAGAACAAUUUUGUUUGUCUCUAUGGCUUGUCUCCCCAAAGCCUUACGCAGUCAUGGAGGCAGCUGAAUCUAGUUUGUUAGUGGUUGGUUGUCUAGCACUGGGAUUGAUGGUCUGAGUGCUGCACCUGCCCAGGGGCAGGGAGCUGGUGUACAGUGUAAGGGAAGGAAGGAGGCAUGCUUUCCUCUUUUGCCCUUCUGCUCUUGCUGCCAUAAACAACUGCCCCUCAGCCAUGCCACCUUGGAUUGGAGUCCACUGAGCAUGGACUGAAACUUCCAAAAAUUAUAAGCUAAAUAAAUGUUUCCUUCCCUAAUUUUGGGUGUCAGGUAGUUUAUCUCAGCAGUGAGAGGGAAGUAACCAAGACAGUGUCCUAAGUCUACUAAGUGGCCACUUCUAAUUCCAAAUUGCUUUGGUAAAGGAAAGGUAAGUGUGAGAAUGUAAAAACAAGGCAGAGUAAUGCCAGGAGGUAGUCCAGGUUCAUUUGAAGAUAUGCUCGUGAGAGAAACAGAUUGGUUGUAGGUUAAAAGGGGCAGAUACAAUGCUUUUCAAUAUUGUAUCUGAAAUCCUAGUUAAUCGAAUAAAAUAAGUAAAGAAAACCAAAAUAUGCAGAUUGGAAGAGAAGAAAUUAAAGUAUCUUUGUGUGCAGAUGAAACGAUAAUUUAUGUAGGAAACUUGAAAAAAUUACUGCAACAACAGCAACAAUAAAAAACGCAAAACCAAGAAACCAACCUUUGGAACUAGUAAAUGAUUACAAAUUUUUUAAUUACUUUUUUUCAUCACUGGGACACAAUAUCCAAUGUCUACAAGCGAAGGGAAAAGCUUAUUUUGGCUCACAGUUUGUAGAGGUUUCAUUCAUGAUUCAGUUACUACAAGGUAGGACAGCAUGGUACAGAGGCAUAGCAAAAGAAUAGCUGUUCAUGUCAUGGCAUCCAGGAAGCAGAGUCAGCGGAGGAGCUGGGUGGGAGAUGAAAACCUCAGGCCAAGCCUCUUCCAACUAGACCUUACUGCCUAACAGUCAGCCAGCUGCUAACCCCAUGAUUGAAUCAUCUUCCAAACACACCGCCUGAUUGCACAGGGCUUUAGGAGGAGAGUAAGGUUGCAGGACAAGGUAAUGCAUGGAUUCAGCCUCUUUCUUGUAUAUUAGCAAGGAAUAAGUGAUAUUUGAAAUUUAAGAUAUCUUUUAUAUUAACACAGAAAAGUGACAUAUUUAGAUAUAAGUUUAACAAAACAUACAAGGUACAAAAGAUAUAUGAAGUAAACUCAAACUCGUCAAAAAAAUCAAGGAAGAAAAAUGGAUUUCACAUUCAUUGAUUAUAUUUUCAAGAUGUUGGUUUUUUCAACUUCACUGAAUUCCAAUGAAAAUUCUAAAGACUGUUACAGCUAUGAGCAAACUAAUUUUAUAGUUUAUAUGGGCAAGCAAAACAAAAUAGCACAAUAUUGGAGAAAAUGACACUAAUAUUCAGUAUAACGGACUGAUACUAUGCUAAUAUUUAUUAUAAAGCUUCAGGAAUCAAGACAACAUAAUAUUUAAAUAGUUAAGAUAGGGGCUGGGGAUUUAGCUCAGCGGCAUAAGCACCUGCUUUGGAAGCAGGCCGUCGUGAGUUCGAUCCCCGGUAGUGAUUAAAAAAAAAAAGAUAUCAUCACACAGAAAAAUAAUAAUAAUGGCCCAAAUCUAGAAUACUGACAACAAACGAUGGCAGUGAUAUAAAGUAAUAGAAGCUUUAAUUGUUGCUGGAAGUGUGAAAUGUUAUAACUCCUUCAGAAAAUACUUUGGCAGUUUUUCAGAAAACCAGACAUAUAAUGGAGUAUUUUUUAGCACAAAAAGGAAAUGAGCUACUAAGCCAUGAAAAGAUAUAGAGGAACCUUAAAAACAUUAAGUGAAAGAAGCCAUUCUAGAAAGGGAAAAGCUAUAGAGAGAGAAUAAAAGAUCAACUAUUGCCAAAGGUUCAGUGAGGAGAAGGAUGAAUAGAGAACAAAGGAUUUUAAGGCUGUGAAAUUCUUCUGUGUGCUAUUUCGGUUGAGUCUCCUUUAUCUAAAAUGCUUGUGAAAAAAAAAAUGCUUGUGAGCAGGAGUGUUUCCGAUUUUAGAGUUAAAAACAUAUUUAUAUAUACUUUACUGAGUAGGCAUCCCUAAUCUGAAAAUCCAAGACCCAGAAUGGUCCAAAAUCUGAAGCUUUGUUCUUGGUAUUGAAAAAUUUUGACUUUAAAUUUUUUGUAGUAGGGAUGGAUACAAGCCAUUACACUUGUGUCCACACAAUGUAUAACAUCAAAAAUGAACCCUAAUGUAAACUAUAGAUUCAGUGUCAUAAUGUGACAGUAUAUAUGGGAUAUCUGUAAAGGGGGUAUUAAAAAUGGGGGAAGUUACAUGUGUACCUAUGAGGGGAAGAGAAGGAAUGGGAACUUUCUGUUCAAUUUUGCUGCAAAAAUAGUCUAAAAAAUAAAACUAAAAAAAUGGAAGACUUUCAUGUGAAAAGAUUGCAAACCAUUGAUCUAAAUUAUUGUUCCUCAGUCAUGCAAAAGUAGGUUUGCGUUUAUCAGUAGGUAAAGGAAUAAACAAAAUGUAAUGUAUAAAGAGUGAUUGACCAAUAUGAUCAAUGCUUAAAUUUUAAAACUGUUACAGUAAAAGACACAUUGUCAACAAUCUCCCUUAGAACCUAUCCCUCUUGCAUUGAUAACACUUGUCUCAUUAUUCUUGCUGCUUUCUGAAGCCGUUCAUGAGUGUGUUUAGUUGCGAUGUCAUAGCUGCCAGGAUAUUUACCUUUCAUGGUCAUUUUGACUUUGGAGAAGAGCUGGAAGUUCGCCAGGGCCAGAGUCAGUGAAUAAGGUGGAUAAAAACACACGCUAAUGUAUUAUGAGCCUGCCUUUCUGUUGGAUAGUAGUAGCAGCAUUUACUGUACCUCCACUGUAUUUUUCAUCAGCUCAAAAAGAUAUUCAAGGAAGAAGACCUUUAGAACUGCUUCACAAAGUGGCAGGAAUGCUAGGAUAAGUUUGUUUGAACCAGCGUGGAGUAUUUUGAGGGGAUAAUGGCAAAGUGUCUUCUAUUAUAAUCAUUUUUUAAAAAAUUGAAAUCACUAUAUUUUGAUCACCUCAUAUACAUACAGUACAAUGGAAUUACUGUUCAUUCUUAAGAAAAUAAUUUCUGACACAUGCUAUAUGAAUAAAACUUGAGGACAUUAUACCAAAUAAAAUAAGCUGGUUACAAAAAAAUAUUUUACAACUUUAUUUACUUUAUAUAUUUUAAAGUGAAAAUACUUUUCACUUUAUAUAAAGUGGAAAAUACUUUAUUAUAUGAGGUAUCUAUGGUAGUCAUAAUCAUAGGGAUAGAAAACAGAGUGAUAGUUCUGAGAGCUAAUUUUUGGGGAAAUUGGGAGUUGUUUAAUGGCUGCAGUUUUAAUUUUUCAAGAUGAAAAGUUCUGGAGAUGGGCUGCACAACAAUGGGAAUGUACAUAAUGCUACUGAAUUGUACACUUAAAUCAUUAAGAUGGUAAAUUUUAUGAUAAUACAUACUGCCAAUUAAAAAUAAAUUUCACAAAAAGUUAUCAUAUGUUUUCAAAACUUUAGUUUUGUAUUCUGUCCAUAUCUGGAAUUGUAUUCGUUAUUUUUUAUUUGAUUCAUUCUUUUAUCAGUCUGUAGGUAACAAACUCACGGAGAGGAAACAAAUCAUAAGCAGCUGUUUCUGGUUAGACUGUACUUGGACAACUCAGAUACUAGAAGAGGCUGAGUUAAAAAGAGAAGUACUUGGUUUCUCAUAUAAUGACUUUUUUUUUGUACCAGGGAUUGAACUCUCAACCUUGUGUUUGUCAUGCAGGCGCUUGUGCCACUGAGCUAAUCCCCAGCCCUUGAAAAUAACUUUUCCAUAUUUAAUGUGGAAGGGCCCAAUGAUUUAAAAAAAAAAUUGGCUUUAUAAAAUGAUGUCUGGAGUGUACCAACAUCAGGAAACAUUUCAUUUUAUGAAUGGAAAAUGUGAUCCUUAUUUAUGCCUUUGUAUACAGGUAUCUGUUACACAAUUCUGUUUUAACAAUUUGAAAUGGAAAGAAGAGAAAGAGAUCAGCUUUAGCAAAAGACAGAAUACCUCAUAUAAAAGUUUCCUUUAGAGAGUCAGAUUUAGCGAACCACUUCAAAGCAAUCCUACUAAAGUUGUAAAUUAAGCAAAUCAAAUUUUUGAGUAGCAGUAGAGAUUAAUAAGUGACCUAAGAAGAAGCUAACUACUUAAAUUUUGUUGUUUCUAAAACCCUGCAAAUUAUAGUAGCAUCCAUGAUAAAAUUUUUGCAAAUUCAUGAGUGAUGCUUACAUUUAUAUGACAAGAGAGGUGUCUGUUACAUCUCAUUGAGGGAAAUACAGUCAGUAAAUACAUAUAUGCUUGUUUUAUGUGCCAGACACUGUGGCAAGGUGGUGUGGAUAUAAAAGUAUUACAUCCUUUUUUGAAUAAACUCCUAGGUUGGUAUGGAAAACAGAUGCCAAUGUCAGGAGAAUAUUAUGAGGAUAAAGGCAAUGGAGGAGAUAAUGGGCAAGGUCUUAUGGGAUCUCAAGAAAGCAUUAUUGAUAGCCAGUACUUGGGAUCAAAUCUCCAUGGUGAGUUUUUAGUUCUAUUGUUUUAAAGUUCUAUUUCAGGAGACUGACAAAAAUAUCUUUUAAAAAAGCGUAUUUAACCUGACCUGGGACAAUGAUCAAAGCAGGCAAGACAAGGCAAAGGUAUUCAGAAGAGAUGAUAUGACUACAGAAGACAGAAAUAAGGACUGCUUUGAGAGGGAUACUGAAUUCAAUUUUAAAUAGGUUGAGUUAGGAUUCUUUUGUUUUGAUCUUAUAAAAUUUGGCAACUCGAAUUUGAAAAAUCAUUGUUGCAUACAGUAAAAUAAAAAUACAGUAGAAUAAAAAGAAUGAUUUUACAAGGGCAUAAUGCUAUUUUUAAUGGAUAAUUUUCUUAAAGAAUUUGGACUUUUUAAAUUCGAUUUUACAUUAGGUUUGCAAAAGUUCAAAAACUUUUCCAGCAUUUAGUUGUAAAGUAUAUUUAUGUAUAGAUUUAAAAGUAAAAUAGCAACAUAUAGUAUUACUAUCAAAAGGGAAAACUGUACAAGAGAAAUUGGUUUUUUUUAAGCUUUGUUCUUUUGACAUUACUCAGCUCUGUACUGCUUCAUGGCUUUGUAAUUACUUUCUUGACCCUGUAACCAUGACAGUAUAACCAAAGAUGUAGAGUGCCUGAUUGUACCCUUGUACCAUGCUUUAUAAACUGAUGAUCAUUAAUUUACCCUUGUAACUGAUGAUCUCACUCUGCUAUUAAUCAGAAGAGCUUCCAGGCUGUUUUGUCUUGUCUUUGUACCUCAUUUGUACUUCCUGCAUGUGCAUCAUAUAAAAGCUCUAGAUCACCAGCGAUUUGGGCCUGAUAUUUUGGGAGUGAGCCUAAUCAGUGACAGUAAAUAAGUCUGCCUCCAAGUCCUGGAAGUCAUUUUGGUGUUUCUGCUUGCCAUUGCACUAUUAUACGCAUGUGUUUUAGUCAUUCUCCCAAGAAAUAGUUUGCUUAUCUGAUAAUGUUUAGUUUCCUUAAUAAUAACACACUAAAACACUGAUCAGUCAAUCAUAGUAGGUCAUUUUAGCAGAUCAUGACUCAUAGCACCCAUGACCAGUUGUGUUUUUUGAGAUUGAGAAUUUCUGUGUAGUUCAGGCUGGCCUUGAACUCAGUAUGUAGCCCAGGCUGGCCUCAAAUUCAUGGUGAUCCUUUUGCCUUUUGCCUUCCAAAUACUAGGAUUAUUAGCAUGUGCCACCAUGUCUGGCUCCAUGACCAGUUUUGUGCUGCUUUUGUUCCACUGUUGUUGUUUUUAUCUCUUUAUUUCUAUGAACUUCAUCAAAUGCUCAAGUGAGUAUUGAGAUUCAGUCACAAAAAAAAUGUGCUGUUCGUAAUAUUUAAAUAAUAAAAGCAGUUGGAUAAAAAUCUAAGACUGAGAACCAGUGACUCUAUGGGUACACUUUUGGGUAUGUUCUAUAUAUUUUCUAAGAUCAGCUAUCUUAUGGACAGUGUCACUUUUCUCUGAGAAAGGGAUUGCCCAAGGUAUUAGAAAAGGAAGCAACCUUUCAGUCUGUCAAACUCAGAGACAGUGUUCAUCUGUAGAGAGUCACAAUGAGGGGAGCUCCAUCAAGCAGCUAAGUAGUGGAGUUCUUCUACCCUGUUCCAGUUUUUUCUCUGAGAAUAAAACAGUUUUUAAUAGAACCUUAAACUGCUUUUACUUAAUGGAUCAAGUGAGUGCUCCCAGAUCCCUGAGAGUCUGCAAGGUUUUGUUUUUGUCUUUUAGAAGAAUUUGUAAGGACUUCACAUUUAGGCAAGUGUCAUCUCAGCUCCAAAAUAAAGCUAACUCAUAACCUCUCUUUCCAGAAACAUACACUAGAUGUAUGUAUGCAUGUGAUCUUUCUGUUCUGUCUCCACUUGUCUGUGCAAGAGAGUUAAGAGGAGGGGGAAAGGGGAAUCUAUUGAGUCCUUAGCUGCUGCUGGUUUUCUCCUAAAGUAAACAAACGUGCCAUUAUGAGGAUUUAUUUCCAUUCUGGGACUACAUAAUCUAAUUUACAUUAGAAAUGUCUAAUCUUACUAUUGACAUUUGUUAAUUUACUGGUUUUCAUUUCAAAGAAUCCUCACAAACUGCACACCGCUCUGCUGAUGAAAGCUAGGAUUUAAGCCUAUCUCUCUACUCAUCAAGUUUAUUUUCUGACAAUGAGGUCAGAAGGUGGAUAGCCUCCUUCUAUUACACUAUACCCUCUGAUGUUUAAUUGUUUUAUAAAAUUGUAAGCAGACAGGGGCACAGAUGUUGAUUUGAGUUACUGGAAGACAUUUAAGAAGGCCAUGGAAUGAUGGCAGCUGGUAGCACCAGACUGGGAAAGGGCAGGAAUCAAGGGAGCUGUGGAGCGCUUGGCAUUAGGAACUCUGUCCUAACAUGGCAUAGUGAGGAACUUAUAGCAUCCCCAAAUAACAGUGGUCAGAUUUUCCAGCUGCCAGUAUUUUACUAUCUCAUCAAUCUGAGCCUCAAAAGGACCUUCUGACAGCUGAGCUCAGGUCACACACCAGACUCCUGGUCCAGAUGAGGAAAGGAGAGCAAAGAUCUGCUUCUUUCAGUUUUGGGAAUAGGAGCAAGGUCACUUGGAAUUACCGCCCCAUCAAGAUUAUACACAAUGCAGAUGUAUGAAUUCCAAAAGAAAAUCUCUUAGGGCACCCAGAACCAAACAGAUGCUAAACAGAACUGUAUUCUCAAAGGAGCAUUUAAAUAUAAAUAAAAGGACUGAGAAGUAAGGCUGUAAUGAAAUGAAUGGAAGGAGGGUGAAAUAAAAUGGCAGUAACUGAAAAAUCAGGAACAUUCUCCCAAGAACAAGUAUUCUUUGGCAGUAAGUAUAAUUGCUUGUACACACAAGUGGUGGCUUUGGUUUCCUUCUCACAGAUUCCUAAUUCACCACCAGAUGGGGCUUUAAAUCUAGAUAUGUCAUAUUGAGGCGUGGAUCUUGGGGAAGCUUCCAAAGCUUUGCUUAUUUACACAGCUUGCUUAUCCUUCAUUCAAGCCACCGGGAGGGAAUGGGCUCACUACUUAUCUGUGCAGACAGGGAGAGGAAGGUGUCCUCAUAUCAGCCGAGGUUUAGGCAUAAGGCAGGAUGGAUAAUGAGAGAAUUCCAAUUUAAGCGUUUGGCGGAAACCCAGCCUUGAGACCCUAGCAACCGAGCGAGCCUUUAUUGCGUCCUAGCAACUCGCUCCGCCUCCUCCCCCCCCUCCUCUCAGCCCCUGCUAUCCGGUCCCGUUUCGCUCUCUCAGUCUGUCACUCUUCCGCUGGGCGUAUUUUUUUUUUUUUUUUUUUUGCACUUUUGGAGCAACGCGGGACAGUCAUCUAACAUUCUUCGGUGACAGCCUUCCGAGAGCCGAUGAAGGGACAGGAACGGCGAGAAAUAACAUUUAUUUAAGAAAAAAUUAAAAAAUUCAAAAUUUUGGUAAUUUUUUUUUCUGAAGCACAUAUUAGGCCCCGGGGAAAAGGGGGGCUGGUGGUGAGCAAAUCACUUUAGUAGAAACUUGCUGUAAAGAAGGAAGAAAAGAGCCAUCGAGGAUCAAGCACGAAGGGAACCGAGGACUGAAAAUGUUGGACACUAUCUUGCCUGAUGUGCAGGAGCUGGGCAGGCCGGUGCUGCCCACGCUGCCCUCGCUGAGCCAGGAGGAAGUCUCUACUAUCUGGGAAAAUGUUUCAGAAUUUGUGGCACGACAGCUAACUUUGCAUAAGGGGGUUCAGAUUCCAAGACUUGGAACUUUCACUUUCACAAGACAAAAGCUUGAUAUGGGAAGCAACAAAUUUAUUCUAAUCCAGAGGCCUGUGUUCAUCCUCGCUGAGAAAUUAGUGCAGAUCCAUGGACUCAAACAAAAUAAAGUAUAUUCUCCUGGUGAUAUCCCAGUUAUUCCACUUAAUUUUGUCAUGAUAUCCCUGGAGAGUCCAUUUACCAGGGAUACAGUGGAAGGAUGUGUUAAGGAGACACUGCUUUUUAUGUCGCGAUCCAUUUCCAAAAAAAAAAAUGUGGAGUUUACAUUUAAAGGAAUUGGGAUACUCCUGAUAAGAGACAGCAAAGUGAAGAUGAAAUUUUAUAAAGACUUCCUCUGUACUGUGGAUGGAAGUGGGACUUUGAUGCAAGCCCUAGCAAAUAGGCCUGGCACUGUGGACUCCAUUGUGUCUUCCAGAGGCGCCUCUGGGAAGCGGCCUUGUAGUAUACUUGCAUUUCCAAGGAUUGAGCUCAAAGAUGUGGAUAACAAACCACCCUUGAAGACCAUUGCGGAAGAAGGUGAAGGGAACAUACAUGGGAAGUUGAAAGACCACUCAGAAAAAGAAGAAGGCAUCAGAGAAAUCUCAUCAUCUAAGAGACUUCAAGAUAAACAAACCAUCUCCCCUGCCAAAGUGACAAAUGUCAGCUUGCUGGACAAAGUUGAACAAAGCGGCAAUGGUGGGAAGAAGAUGAGCCUGGAGAGAUUAUCACCUCCAGGUUGUCUGAAUAUUGACAGUGAAACAAAGCCCAGAUCGUCUGCACCACUUGCUUGCCAUGAUCAUAAUAAGGCAGGACAGGAAAUGUGUUAUGUAUGUUUGCAACGAGCACAGAGAAAUUUCCCAUUGUACCAUGGUGAAGAGUGGAGGAAGAGAGACAUAGAAGAUGAACAACUUCUACAACAGUAUCAAAUGUUGAAAGAUCAGGAGGCCUUUGUCAAGCACCAGAUGAAAAUUUUGGCAACUAGAGAACAGAAUCAGAAAAAUGCUGCAUAUAAUCUUGGAGUCGCUGAAGCUAUAAGAAAUCACAAACACGAGAAACCGGAAUUUUAUAAAUCUUUUCUAUUCUGUAAACGGCCACUUAGUCCUGAGAUUAAUGCUCUUAGGCAAGAGGAAUAUUCCCAAAGUCUCCUGAAACAAAUGGAUUACAGACGGGAAAAGGAAAUAAUGCAAAGACGAAACAGAGAGUUGAUGGACCGCCUAGAACAAGUGCAACUCACAGAGGAACUUGCUGCACAAAGAGCCAAAUAUUUAAAAGAUAAAAUGGAAGAAACACAGUGUUACAAGCGAGCUUUGGAUGCACAGUUAAAGAAUAAGCCCUUCCAGUUGCCCGUAUCUGAGCCAGACUCUCUUGAGCCUAUCUUCGGUAACGAUCUUGAUGAUCUGAAGGUGGAAAGGCGAACGCGAGAACAGAAUAACAUGAAGCAUCAGCUAGAGGCAGUUGCUAGUCGCAAGAGGAAAGCCAUCCUUCAGCAGCUGAUGGAUCAGAAGCGGGAUCUGCAGAUGCUUCACAGGACAAAGACAGAGCACUUAGCAGACCGAAUUGCUGAGGUGGAGCGAGUGAAAAAGAUGAACCAGUGUUUGCAGGAGGACUGGGAAAGGAGUGCUGCCAUGAAGAAGCAGAGGGACCUGGAGGAAAAAGCUUUUGAACGGGCUUCUGACAAGCUGUUCCUCUUGGACCAGUGUGAGAAGUACCUACGCUGCAAGCAGUGUCAGAAGCGCGUCUCUAACAUGGGUGAAAGCAACUUGUGGCCCACGAACAAGUUCUUGCAUGGCUCCCGGUUGCUUGUGUAAAACCUGAAAUUUGGUCCUGCAAUUCAUGGAGAACUUAAAAAAAGAAUUUUUACAUAUUUGGAGUGAUUAUGAAACUGCAUAUUCAUACUUUAGAGGAAGAAACAUUAUUGUUUUGGUUUGGUGCUUGUGGUGGGUUGCUUUAACAACCGAUUAUUCAAUUAAAUUCUGCAGAUUUCUGUUCCUAUCUUUCCCCCACCCUUACUUAUUCCCUUAACUGGCCUUUGAUGGUAGUGAAGGUAUCUGAAUAGUUCUAAGGGCUAGAACCUAUUACAACAGGGGCCAGGAAUGGAACCCAGCUUCUUGUUGGCUGCUGCUGACCCAGCCCUGCCACUACCUCUGGGACGUCAUCCUUUUUCAUCUAUAAUGGAUAAUGCCACAGUAAAUAUUUUCUCAGUGUC